GAUGAUGAUGAUGAUGAUCAUGAUGAUCAUGAUGAUGAUGAUGAUGAUGAUGAUGAUGAUGAUGAUGAUGAUGAUGAGACCUGACGGCCUUAACAAAGCCGUUUGUUUUACUCAGUAUACGACGCAUUCAUCGUAUGGAAUAUUUUUUUCCAUUAUUCCAUUAUCCGGGAGGCCGUUUUGUUCUGUGUGA